CACAAUGGGUCAGACACCAGACUGGGUUAAGCAACUAAAGCCCUCUGGCGCUCAAGGCCAUGAGUUGCUCGCGGCGGAGCGUGCUGGCUCCAAUAUUCCCCGUUCAGCAGCUGGAGGAGCUGCUCCACACCAAAGAGGUCAUUGAGAGGAAGCACAAGCUGUUGAGCAUUCUCAAGGCGGAAAAGGUCUUUGACAAGUCACAAAACUACUUCAUGGGAAGGGACAGAUCGAUUCGAAAGAGCUUUGGCGCGAGAGAAGAGGUUGAGAAUCUUGAAGAGGCAACACAACUGGAAUCUCGAGGAAUUCCGGCAAGCUACUGAGCUCAUUGGUGAGCCUGGCCCAUACGGUCUUCACGACAGUAUGUUCAAGGUCACGCUUGAAGGUCAAGGCACCGCAGAACAGCAAGAAAAGUGGCUCACCAAGGCCAACGACUAUAAGAUCAUUGGAUGUUACGCUCAAACCGAACUUGGUCACGGCUCCAACGUUCGUGGACUGGAAACCACCGCUACCUGGAACUCAGAUGACAAGACCUUCACUAUCCACUCACCUCACCUUACAGCAAGUAAGUGGUGGAUUGGAUCUCUCGGUCGUACUGCAAACUAUGCCGUCGUAAUGGCUCAGCUCAUCAUCAACGGCAAGUCUUACGGACCUACACCAUUUUGCGUACAGAUCCGUGACCUGAAGACUCAUGAGCCUCUUGAGAACAUUCACAUUGGAGACAUUGGUCCCAAGUUCGGCUACAACACCAUGGACAACGGAUUCCUUUUGUUCAACCAGGUCAAAGUGCCGCACAUUAGCAUGUUGGCUAAGUACUCGCAUGUGGAUCCCAAGACGAACAAGUUCCAACGUCGUGGUUCCCCAACCCUCGUGUACGGCACCCUGACAUGGGUCCGAUCAACCAUUGUCAUGCAAGCCGGUUCCGUUCUUGCUCGUGGUGUUACAAUUGCUACAAGAUAUGCUGCCGUCCGUCGCCAAUUCCAGGACCGUGACGCGCAAGCUGGGGAGGCUGAGACCCCGGUUCUCAACUAUACGAUGGUGCAAAUUCGACUUCUCCCCCUGUUGGCUGCAACAUUCGCCCUUCACUUUACUGGAAAGUCAAUGAUGGACAUGUACCAGGAGAACCAGAAGAAAGUGCAGAAUGCCGGCGAAGAGGCGAAGAAGAGCUCUCGCGGAGCAGGACCUGAGGAGACGAACGCAGGAAGCGACUUGCUUGCAGACCUACACGCUUCCUCUUGUGCGCUCAAGUCUCUUAGCAGCAGUAUCGCUGCCGAAGGUCUUGAGGUUUGCCGAAGAGCUUGCGGCGGCCACGGAUACUCCAGCUUCAGCGGUAUCGGCCCCUGGUAUGCCGACUACCUCCCCACUACUACCUGGGAAGGCGACAACUACAUGUUGACCCAUGCAGGUCGCACGCUAUCUUCUCAAGUCAGCCCGCUCCGUUCUCAACAACGAGAAGCCCACGAACGACACCACCGCCAUCCUCACAGAAUUCCACAAGCGCCGCACCAUCGGCUGCGCCUUCGACAUCAUCGGCUCCAAUGAAGAUCUUGUCGCCGCUUUCGCAUGGCGCGUAUCUUUCCUGACCUUCGAAGCCAGCAAGCACCGCGACGAACAGAAGAAGGCCUGGAAUGACCUUCUCGUCGAUUUCUACCGCCUCUCCAAGGCCCACGCGCAAUGGAUGGUCGUCAAGAACAACCUUUCCGCGCUUAAGAAGAUCGAGGCCGAGGGCAAGGUCGGCAAGGAGACCCUAGACGUACUCAUGAAGCUCUUCCGCCUCUUUGCCCUGCACACUCUCGAGCAAGAGGGUUCCGAGUUCUACGCCAGUGGCGCCUGCAGUAAAUUGCAGAUUCAGCUUGCUCGCACGCAGGCGGUUAUGCAGCUGCUCAAGGACAUCAGGCCGCAUGCUGUCAGGCUAGUGGACAGCUGGGGCUUCGAUGACUGGGUCUUGGACAGCUCGCUGGGACGCGAGGAUGGAAAGGUUUACGAGGACAUGUUCUACAGGGCGAGUGAGCUGAACCCGCUUAACAGGAUCACAGUCGAUCCUUAUCCCGAUAGCGAUGUACUGUUCAAGAGGGUGGAGAAGGCGAAGUUGUAGAAUGAAAGAGCGGAUCAGGAAUAGAGUUACUUUGAACAUGUAGUUUAUUUAAUGCAUGGACUUGUUGAUUUUA